CGCAUAAUUAUUCUCAUAACAGAAAAAAAAGAGUGAAAGAAAUGGAGGGGGAGACGGAGCAGCAGCCAAGCGAGACAGAAAAACUCACUGACCCGUUGGUGGAGGGUAUCGCUGUUGAUGUAAUAUCGGUGGAUGACGAAGGAGAAGAACGGGAGAGUACUGGUGGUGGAGGAAUGGGAAGGGUUCGGGGGCCAUGGUCGCCGGAGGAGGAUGUGAUUUUAAGCCGGCUGGUGAGUAAGUUCGGGGCCAGGAAUUGGAGCAUGAUCGCAAGGGGAAUGCCUGGUCGGUCUGGGAAGUCGUGCCGCCUCCGCUGGUGUAAUCAGCUCGACCCUUGCGUCAAGCGCAAACCGUUUACCGAUGAAGAAGAUCGUAUAAUUUUAGCAGCCCAUGCAGUUCAUGGAAACAAGUGGGCGUCAAUUGCAAAACUUCUUCCAGGUAGAACAGACAAUGGAAUUAAAAACCAUUGGAAUUCUACACUAAGGCGCAAGAGUGUGAACAUUAGUGGGUUGAAACCUGCAUCCUCAGAGGAAACCUUGUUAGGUGGCGAUAUGAAAUCAUUCAAGUCCUCAGAGGGAUUGGAUGUGACAAUGGUGGCAAAUCAACCUUGGCAGUCUGAAGAUGAAGUUCAAGCUACUAGAAACUGCUGUGCUCCCAAACAAUAUCUAUCCUCUGAUUCAGUAACAAUUGAUCCCUCUGCUGGAAAAAAUCUUCCUGUGGUUUAUCCCUGUGCUGAAGAAAAUUGUCCUGUGGUUUAUACCUCUGCUGAAGAAAAUAAUCCCAUGAUUUCUUGUCCAGCGGUAAAAGUAGGUGCUUUCAAUGUUUGCAAUCCUAGCCACAACUCUGCAUUUUCAAGGGCAAUCCCGAUGCAGGGACCUUUGAUCCAAGCAUCCAAACCAGAUUUUGGAAUCUGCAAAUUUCUUAAUGGUGCAUGUGGCGAGUCCAUAAUCCCUAUGCAUUGUGGCCGCGGUUGUUGUGCAGCUUCCAGUGGAGUUUCUUCUAUGAGCUCAUUGUUGGGGCCAGAAUUUUUGGAAUAUGAAGAAAUCUCCCCCUUUCCAAGUCAGGAGUUAAGUGCCAUAGCCAUGGACUUGAACAACAUUGCCUGGAUUAGAAGUGGUCUGGAGAAUGCUGGAAGGUUAUCGGAAAGUGCAAGUCACCAAAGAGUACCUAAAGGUCCGUCCACGUCCAUGAAUAGUUUUGAACAGAACAAUGAAAAUGAUCAAUUCUGGUUUGAGGAACCAAACCCAUUCACAACAGUGACGAAAGAUAUAGUUUCCCAACAGAUGACAAUGCCUACAAUCGCUUUGCGAGCUGAGGUUGAAGGCUUGAGCUGAGUCCGAUGCAAGUUUUUUCCUUUUGACUAAAUUCUCUUCAACCUUUUGGUAUAUGUUGAGAGUUGAAAUGUGGACAUCAAAGUAGUGAGUUGCAAAAAGUUUGCCGGACUGGGAUAGGCAGGUAAAACUUGAUCUUGUAAUGGGUGCUAUCAUUGAUGCAUGCGGAGGAUGUCCAAAAAUUUUUUUGGUUAAUAUUAACGAAUUGCUUUCUAUAAUUUCUGUAGGUGUUGACCUUCUAAUGUAUCAUUCUUUUGGUAUUAUGUUCAUAAUUGUGGUACCUAAUCUGUCAUUUAUUGUAACAGUAAUGUUUCUCAAGAAUGAUUUAAUGGGUAUUAUCGGGAGAGAGUUGGUCAACAUGUUGGUUCUUGAUA